UAUUACUUAAAAAUCCCAUCUUGCCAAUUAUAUAUUUGUUAAAUUGUUAAAAAAAAUCUCAUCUUGAAUCACAUAAAGCCUGGUUGAACUCAGAAACUCGGUCCCCACAUUUGGGGUUUCAGUGGGAAGGAAGGAGAUCUUUUGGUUUGACAACAUGAAGUUUAUGAAGCUCGGAUCGAAGCAGGAUACGUUUCGAAGCGACGGGAACAACGUGAGGUAUGUGGCGAGUGAGCUAGCGACUGAUAUUGCAGUCACGGUUGGGGAUGUUAAGUUUUAUCUGCACAAGUUUCCUCUUCUUUCGAAAAGUGGCCGCUUACAAAAUUUGGUUGUAAGUGGUAUUGAAGAAAAUUGCAAUGAGGUUCAGAUUUCUGACAUUCCGGGUGGUCCGGUUGCGUUCGAGAUAUGUGCCAAAUUUUGUUAUGGCAUGACCGUCAACCUUAAUGCUCACAACGUUGUUGCCACUCGAUGUGCAGCUGAGUACUUAGGAAUGUAUGAGACCAUCGAAAGAGGGAACCUAAUUUACAAGAUCGAUAUCUUUCUCAACUCCAGCAUCUUCCACAGCUGGAAGGACUCGAUCGUUGUUCUUCAGACUACGAAAUCUAUGUUACCAUUAUCCGAGGAACUGAAAGUGGCCGGUCUUUGCAUUGAUGCCAUAGCUUCCAAUGCUUGCAUCGAUGUUUCCAAGGUCGAUUGGUCCUACACUCAUAACCGGAGGAAGUUACUGGAGGAAAAUGGGAAUGAUCCGAACUGUAAUGGUGUCAAAAGUCGACCGGUUCCAAAGGAUUGGUGGGUCGAGGAUCUGUGUGAACUUGAAAUCGAUCUAUUUAAGCGUGUCAUAACGAGUAUAAAAACCAAAGGAAUUCUGUCCCAUGAUGUGAUCGGAGAAGCUUUGAAAGCUUAUUCUUACCAAAGGUUGCGAGGUUUUAGUAAAGGCGUAAUCCACUCUGGGGAUGUCGGAAAGUGUCGAUCGACGGUUGAUACAAUGGUAUGGUUGUUGCCUGCAGAGAAAGGAAGUGUAUCUUGCAGUUUCUUGCUGAAGCUGUUGAAGGCGGCAAUCGUAGUUGGCUCGGGAAACAUGGUUAGGGAACAGCUGCGGAGACGAAUAGGCCAACAGCUGGAGGAAGCUUCUGUGAACGAUCUUUUGAUAAGAGCAGCAGAAGGGGAAGAUGUGAUGUACGAUGUCGAUACGGUGCAGAAAAUAUUGAAAGAGUUUCUAAUGCAAGAACAGACUGUUGAAUUCGAAUCAGAAGAAUGUGAGAUUUGGGAAAUACAAAGACCUGGAAUCUUAACAGAUGCUUCCAAGCUGAUUGUUGCAAAGUUGAUGGAUGCUUACCUUGCAGAAAUUUCAAAGGAUACCAACUUACCCUUGUCGAAGUUUGUGGAUCUAGCUGAAACGGUGUCUUACAUAUCUCGGCCUUCUCAUGACAGACUUUAUCGAGCCAUCGACAUGUAUCUUAAGGAGCACCCGUGGAUCGGCAAGAGCGAGAGAAAAAGAAUAUGCAAGUUAAUGGACUGCAAGAAACUAUCAGCUGAUGCAUGUAAGCAUGCAGUGCAAAACGAAAGGCUCCCGUUGCGUGUAGUCAUUCAAGUUCUCUUCUUCGAGCAAACCCGGGCCGCUGCCGCUUCAUCGGGCAGUAGCACUCCUGACUUACCCAAAGCCCUGAAGAAUCCAAAUAGGGGGACUCGUAGGAGCUCGAGAUCAGCAGCAACCGAUCCAGAGGAGUGGGAUGCAGUGUCUGCAUCCGAGGAGCUCAAGGCUCUGAGAGCUGAACUAACUGUCUUAAGGUUAAACAAUGGGGUAGGAGUGAGUACCAAAAACGGCAUCGACCAGGCCGCCAUUGAUAAAACGAAAGGUGCGAUGAAGUCGAAGAGGAUGUUUACAAAGAUUUGGUCAAGCAAAGCAGCCCGGGGUGAGAACAGCGGUUCUGAUUCGUCGGAAAGCCUUGGUUCUGCCAAACCUGAAGAAGCUAAGUCAACACCAUUCAGAAAUAGGAGGCAUUCGGUUUCUUAGAAGUUAAGAGAAGACAUGAUGAAAGUGUGAUGCGGCAAACAGUUUAGGCGAAUGUCACAAUGUAAGAGCUGCGUGUCCAAUCAAACAAAAAAG